UUCCUACAGAUUUGCUGGUUGCACGAGCAUGAUGCAAAUCUUGGAUUUAGAGCAUGUUCAAGAAACCAGUUUGAGAUUAUCUGAGCUUUGUAGCAGUGUGUGUUAUCCUGCUGGAAGCACUCAUUAGAACAGAAUGGGGGAACUCCGUGUCCUGCAGGUUUUAGAUGUCUCCUUGAACCAAAUGAUUCAAAAUUACCUCAUCAACAUGUCUUGAAGUUCUACAGAGGUAAUGAACUAAUCAUUUGGUUGGGAUGUGUUGACCUAGAGUGAUAUCUAAAACUUGCAGGACGGGCCCUUGAGGGCUGGAGUUCCCCACCACCCUGCAUUGUUCCCCCCAUCCCUCAACUCUUUUUCCUGUGAACACUUUCCUGACGAGCUGCACACAUCUAAUGUGUUUUACCCAUGUGAAAAAUAACUAAAUUUAUUCAUACACUGCAUGAAUAUAUGUUAAAAUCUCAAGUGACACAAAAAGAAUAAUACACUACACGAGGCUAUCACAUCACUAUCACAUCACUAUCACAUUACCAAUGCUGGCAUCAGCUUUAACCUAGCCCUUGGCCUUUGGGGGGAGUUGUGCUUUCACUAAAAUCUGUUUUAAACAAUAUGUGUUGGAUAUAUUACUAAAACAAAAAAAAUAUGCCUCAUUAUUUCCUUUGAUGGUUUCUAUUGGUGAUAAUUUAAUCGGACACAUCACAGCAAAACACUUCUGACAGUUGUGCCAGCAAAGCCAGAGGGAUCCUCACCCCUGACACCAACACUGAACCUGGGGGUGCCAGAGAGGGAGGAGUCAAGGGUCGUGGUGAAAUACAAAAGCGGAUUAUAUCUGAGUGUUCGUGCACAAAAAUGUUCUAAAUAUAAAUGUUUUUUAUUGUUAAUUGAACGUAUUGUGUGGGCAUUUCUGGGGCCUGCAAAUGUAAAUAAAAAAAAAGAGUGAAAUUGAAAAAACAAAACUGUUUUCCUGUGAAAAACUAACAGUUUAAUAUCUUAAGGAAAUACUUUUCGUCCUGUUUUGGCAGUUUCGGUUUAUGAAGUAGACUGAUGAAAGACAGUAUUAUGGCCACAGGAAUAAAGAGCUCAACCAGCCCUGACUCUCAGGUGAUUGAGGUUGUAGAUGGUUUACAAUCUGAACAUUUGGGGGGUUUUGUGGGUGUAGAAGAGAAAACUAUGAGGAGAGCACUGGAAGAACCUGAGGGAAGAAAAUAGCUGUUUGUUGGGGGGUGGGGAGGUCGAGGGGUUUAUAAACAUCAUGGACACGAGUUCAUCUCUACAGUAGAGAUGAAUCACACUCAAAGACUGUCCUGCCACUCUUCUCCGUGCUAACAUCUGAAUUAUCCACAAAUCUCUAAAUCUACUUUUACUUUAGGUUUCUUUCAUAUAUUCCCUCCUUACAGUCAAGGACAGACAGAUGCCCGGCAUAGAGGUAAGUAUUCAUUCUAGUGAUUAUUGUUAUUAUUGGAUUUUUAAUUGAAUUAUAUCAAAGGAUAUCAUGGGUGUAUUACCGGCUCUUUGGUCCUUAUUUGGGGACUCAAAACUGUUGUACGGUAAAGUCAUUGUCAUAAAUAGUCAUAUUGAUAUCACAUAAAUACAAGGUAAUUUCUACAAAACUUAUUAAUCUAACUUCAUUUUAUUGUAAAGUAAAAAAAUAUGUUUUUUAUGUUUUGAAUGGUAAAUUUCAUCAUAGUCGUCUUUUAAAAUUAAGAUUUUCAUCUACAAAUGAUAACAGUUUGGUAAAUAAAGAUAUUCAUGGCAACUCAAUGACUUUUAGAGCAAAUAUAAAUGUAACUAAAAUAGCAAUAAAACAGUUUUAACAGAUGAAAGUAAACAGAGUAAAAGUGUCAAUCAAAUGUAAGUGCUUAUAAAUCUUUGAUUACCUUUUUGUGUUGACAGUUACAUAUUAAUGAUAGAGCAAUAACCAGUAAAUGAUCAUUUGUAAUAUAUAGUGUAAUGCAUGCUAAGAUGAUAAUGAAAUGUACAUUUAUUCAUUCUGACUGCCUGAGUCACUGUAAACUGUGGAUUAUUGAUCUUAUUUCAGGAGAUGGGACUAAAUCCAAACUCUGCAGGGCUGAGCUGUGGCGUUAAACUGCAGGCGUACGACUGGUGGCCAGCUGAGCAGCAGCAGUAUCUCAAUACGACCAGCAGGGGGCAAAAUAACACGCCACAGACUCAAAGCACUGCUGCUGAUACUUCCGUCCAUCCUCUCGUUCCUCUCCUCCUCUACAGCGACAGACACUUCCCCUCUUCCUCUCUGUACAGCCAGCCAAUCAGCGCUGCUGCUGCCCAGCAGGUCUCCGCCCAGUCCGGGCAGCACACCUGUUACCACAGCAACAGUGCUUUCAGCAGGCAGUCUGUGAAGAAGCCUCUGAACGCCUUCAUGCUCUACAUGAAGGAGAUGAGACACAAAGUGCUGCAGGAAGGCCAGGAGAGAGAGAGCGCCGCCAUCAACCGCAUCCUGGGCCGCAGGUGGCACGCUCUGUCCCACUCCGAGCAGUCCAAAUAUUACGACCUGGCGCAGAAAGAGAGACUCCUCCACAUGCAGCUCUACCCUGGAUGGUCUGCCCGGGACAAUUACGGUAAAAGGAAGAGGAAGCAGAGCCAGCAGAUAUCAGGAAGCACUUCCAGCUGGACUCUGAAUGCUGGAUGAGAGCUCUGAAGAGGGAAGGGGGGGGGGAUAAUCAGACAAUGACAAACAACUACAAUGUAAUAAAACGGCAUGCGUGACUUUUCUGUCUGCCUGUUUGUUUCUUUGGCUGUGAACUCCUCCUACACGAUGAGGAGUGGUGCACAGGUAUAUCUUAGGUUAAUCAUCAUAGCACCUAACUAAAUGUAGUUUAUCAGUAUGUCAACAGCACGAACAGACCAAACAACACCACUAUGGGCAUGUAGCAGUAACGUUAUUGUGUAUGCAGGCUUAUUGGUGCUACCCAAAACUUUAAAAUAGUCAAAAUUAAAAUAAAUCCUCAGAUUUUUUUUAAUUGAAACCCACUGAGAAAAUGACUUGAAUCCUUAUGAAAUGACUGCUCAACUUACCUACUUUUUAUCUCAGCUUAAACUGUUAAGUAGUUUAAUUUGUCCCAAAAAGUGGACGUAGUGUUUUCAGUGAGAGAAACGCUUUGUCAGAAGGAAUAAACUUUCUGAGAUUUCCUUACGUGGAUGAUGGUGAACAUUCAUCAAUACACUUUCAUUCGUAUUUUCCAAUCAUAAAUCUUUAUCUUAAGUUAUGAUCGUUACACGCUAAACAAUAAUGUCACUAAACAAACAACCUCUGCAAUCUUUUCCUGAAAGAUUUAUGACUUUACAGCUGAUAACUGCCUAGUUCGCAUAUUAUUAAGUUUUUAUUUUAACUUAAAAGCCAUGACGGUCAGAACAAUUAACACUGAUAUCACAACACAACAACUCAGUUCUUCCUGAUACUGCAAUGCUGGUUUUGUGACUUACAGAGAAUAAAUAAAUAUAACAAAACUUUUUAGAACAAGUCCUAAGCCAAAUCUGGAUGAAAACAUGAUAAAAAUUGAAAUGACAAGCAUUCACAUGGAAUUUACUUUCACAUUUUUGACACGUCUGAGGCUUCUUUUGUUCAGUUUUGCAGCAUUUUCACGAGUAACCUACAGUUUAUUUAAGGUGACAGAAGAAAAGAAAAAAUACAGCUGACAAACAGUUAAUGAUUCUGAAAGUUGGCCAAAAGAAAGUGGACAUUUAAGGAUGUGGGUCUUAAAGAGACAGGAGCUUUUUUUUCCUCCAGAGAAGAUGUAUAUGUGAAUUGUAUGUAGUAGUUCAUCUUUAAAACAGAAAUAUGUAACCAUAGUAAACAGUUCUGUGCUCAAAAUAAGUCUUUUAUUAUCAAAGCAAACAUGUGAUUGUGGCAGUGUGUUCAAGUCAACAUUGGCAAAAUGUGAAGAAACACGUUUAUAAAACUGUGGAGCUUUCUGGCACAACGACCUUCAUUAUUAAUGCUAGGUACAUUAGGUAGAAUCAAAGUUUGCAGUAAGGUUUUCUUUCACUGAUUGAUAUGGCAUUUAAAACAAAAAAAACAAAAAACAAACACCCACCAUUAACUCAGUGCCUUAACACUUAACA